AUGAAUUGUACCAAUGUGCAGAAGGUGCAGUUUGGCACUCACAUGCUAGAGAAGGAAGUUGAGGAUUGGGGGGAUAAUACUGUGCAUAUAUUUAAUGAGGAAGGCAUGGAAGUUACUUGGGCUCUUUUCCGCGAUGCAUUUUUGGAAAACUAUUUUCCGGAAGAUGUGUGUGGAAAGAAAGAGGUGGAAUUUCUAGAAUUGAAGCAAGGAAAUGGAACGGUGGCAAAGUAUGCUUCAAGGUUCCAAGAGUUAAUCAAGUAUUGUCCUCAUUACAAUAAUAUGAAUGUUCAGAGGUCUAAGUAUUUGAGGUUUGUGAAUGGUUUGAGACAUGAUAUCAAGAAGGCUAUUGGUUACCAACAAAUUACUCGCUUUAUAGAGUUAGUUAAUAAGAGUCGGAUUUAUAAUGGGGAUAGUAGGGAGAGUGCUUCUCACUACAAUUCUUUGAAUGAUAGGAAAGGAAAAGGACAAUACCGUAGGAAACCAUAUAAUGAUAAGAAGAAGCAGAAAACUAGUUACGGUGGGAAGCCAAGCGGGGGAAGAGCUAGUACUCUGAUAAAGUGCUACAAAUAUGGUGUCGAAGGACAUCAUGCUUCUGAAUGCAACAAGGAAUUUGGGAAGUGUUUUAAGUGUGGCAAGCCGAGUCACAAAGCUGUGGAUUGUAGAGUUGGUUCAGGUGUGACUUGCUACAAUUGUAGUGAGCAAGGGCGUAUUAGUACCAAGUGUGACAAGCCAAAUAAGGAGCAAGCGAAAGGAAAAGUGUUUGCAUUGCCUGGUUCUGAGACCACUACUGAGGAUAGGCUAAUCUGA